AUGAAAAGUGCCACCUUGCCAAAGAUGGUGGCAGACGUGGCAUCACUGAGCAGCCCAAAGCCGUGGGAUGACAGGCUGGAGCACUGGCACAGCAAAGCCUGCAAGUGUGACUGCCAGGGAAGUCCCAACUCAGUAUGGUCGACUGGAACAAACAGUCUGGAAUGUAUGCCAGAAUGUCCAUAUCACAAGCCCCUUGGCUUUGAGUCCGGAGCGGUUACUUCAGACCAGAUAAGCUGCUCCAGCCCAGAGCAGUACACCGGAUGGUAUACUUCAUGGACUGCAAACAAGGCCCGUCUGAAUGGGCAAGGCUUCGGGUGUGCCUGGCUCUCCAAGUACCAAGACACUAACCAGUGGCUACAGAUUGACUUGAAGGAAAUCAAAGUUAUUUCGGGGAUACUCACGCAAGGACGGUGUGAUGCAGAUGAAUGGAUGACAAAAUACAGUGUGCAGUACAGGACUGAUGAGAACCUGAACUGGGUUUAUUACAAAGACCAGACAGGAAACAACAGGGUUUUCUAUGGAAAUUCAGACAGAACAUCUUCUGUGCAGAACCUCCUGCGCCCACCCAUUGUCUCCCGCUACAUUCGAUUAAUUCCUCUUGGUUGGCAUGUACGCAUCGCAAUCAGGAUGGAGCUGCUGGAGUGCAUGAAUAAAUGUGCUUGA